CCGCCCAAAGGGGCGCUGCCACCCCUAAGGAGGCGGGCGCCGCCGCUUCUCAUUCAUUGUCUUGACGAGAGCAUCCUCAGCGGGCAGUCUCCGGCUCCUCCAGCUCCUUCCUCCGCCUCCUCCUCUCCCUCCUCCGUUUGGGGGGUCACUCCUCUCUCAGCAGCAGGAUGAGCCGGCAGGUGGUCCGUUCCAGCAAGUUCCGCCACGUGUUUGGACAGCCAGCCAAGGCCGACCAGUGCUAUGAGGACGUGCGCGUCUCACAGACCACCUGGGACAGUGGCUUCUGUGCUGUCAACCCCAAGUUCGUGGCCCUGAUCUGUGAGGCCAGCGGGGGCGGGGCCUUCCUGGUACUGCCCCUGAGCAAGACUGGCCGUGUGGACAAGAAUGCGCCUACGGUCUGUGGCCACACGGCGCCCGUGCUGGACAUCGCCUGGUGCCCGCACAAUGAUAACGUCAUUGCCAGUGGCUCCGAAGAUUGCACGGUCAUGGUGUGGGAGAUCCCUGACGGGGGCCUGACGCUGCCCCUGCGGGAGCCUGUCGUCACCCUGGAGGGCCACACCAAGCGCGUGGGCAUUGUGGCCUGGCACCCCACGGCCCAGAACGUGCUGCUCAGUGCAGGUUGUGACAACGUGAUCCUGGUGUGGGACGUGGGCACUGGGGCGGCCGUGCUGACGCUGGGCUCGGACGUGCACCCGGACACAAUCUACAGUGUGGACUGGAGCCGAGAUGGCGCCCUCAUCUGCACCUCCUGCCGGGACAAGCGAGUUCGCAUCAUUGAGCCCCGCAAAGGCACCAUUGUAGCCGAGAAGGACCGUCCCCAUGAGGGGACCCGGCCCGUGCGAGCUGUGUUUGUGUCAGAUGGCAAGAUCCUGACCACCGGCUUCAGCCGCAUGAGUGAGCGGCAGGUGGCGCUGUGGGACACGAAACACCUGGAGGAGCCGCUGUCCCUGCAGGAGCUGGACACGAGCAGUGGCGUCCUGCUGCCCUUCUUUGACCCCGACACCAACAUUGUCUACCUCUGUGGCAAGGGUGACAGCUCUAUCCGGUACUUCGAGAUCACUUCCGAGGCCCCGUUCCUGCACUAUCUGUCCAUGUUCAGUUCCAAGGAGUCUCAGCGUGGCAUGGGCUACAUGCCCAAGCGUGGUCUGGAGGUGAACAAGUGUGAGAUUGCCAGGUUCUACAAGCUGCACGAGCGGAGGUGUGAGCCCAUCGCCAUGACGGUGCCUAGGAAGUCGGACCUGUUCCAGGAGGACCUGUACCCACCCACCGCGGGGCCUGAUGCUGCCCUCACGGCCGAGGAGUGGCUGGGGGGCCGGGACGCCGGGCCCCUCCUCAUUUCCCUCAAGGAUGGCUAUGUGCCCCCAAAGAGCCGGGAGCUGAGGGUCAACCGGGGCCUGGACACUGGGCGCAGGAGGACGACACCAGAGGCCAGUGGUGCUCCCAGCUCGGAUGCCAUAUCCCGGCUGGAGGAGGAGAUGAAGAAGCUCCAGGCCACGGUGCAGGAGCUACAGAAGCGCUUGGAUAUGCUGGAGGAGACAGUCCAGGCCAAGUAGAGAACCAGCAGCAGGGCCGAUGGCAUCUCACUCCCUCCACUCCCACACCUCAGGCCGCAGGGGUAGAUAAGAAAAUAAUAAUAAAAUGGCUUUAUUUUCUGGUA